CGGGACCGGCGGGGCUGGAGCGGGCGGAAAAGCAGAAGACGCGUGGAGACGGUCCGUUAAUUAACGAGCUGUUGACACGGAACGCGGUGGCAGCGACCAGCGGGGAUCCCUGGAUGUGGUGAUGUCUGCAUUUGAUAUCUGUGUCUUACGAACCCAAAAGACUGAAGUCAACUGGAGAUUAUGUAAAAAUAAAGGUGCAGAUGUGCUUUAAAAAGAGUAAUAAUGGGACCAGGCAUUCAAGAAUAUCCCUUGUUACUGCACAGAGAGACACAGAAAAAAGAAAACCAAAUCAAUGAAAACCACAAAGGAAUGGUAAAUUGUAGUAAUGGAAAAGGUCAUCCGAGCACCAAAGGACUAAAUAGACCAAUUUCUCAUGUGAAAUCUUCUCCUGGAAGAUCAGGCAAAAAUGUAUCAAGUGCCACUGAAAAGACUUCACGUGACACUCAAGAUGGGAACCAACCAAGUAUUUUUAAGAAGGGAAGAAACCAGUUGGAUGACAAUACUCAGUCAAAAAGGAUCGCGAGUGUUUGCACAUCACUGCACAGAGUACAAGGACCAAAGAGGAGUCUCCCAGAAAGAAGACAGAAUGAAUCCCUUAUGCAGAGGAUCCCUCCUAGCAUAAAGGGUAGCACACAAGGUAGUUUCUGUAGGGUUAGAGAUGUCCCAGUGCCACAUUUUUAUUGCAGUAAAAAAGAACAGUUGGAAAGGAAUUAUGAAGAACUUGUUGUUGAAGCUGCUCCAUGCUCUUCUAACUGGCAAGAAGCAUCUGUAGAUGAAAUGUUUCUUGAUUUUCAAUCGGUACAAAUUAUUAAAGAAGAUGCUGAAGAUGAUAGUGCCAGUGAUCUCUCUGAUUCAGAAAGGAUUCCCCUUCCCCCAUCUCCAUGCACACCGCCAGAACUCAUUCUCAGAGCUGAAGAAAUUGAUCCAGUUUGUUUGGAGCAUGUCCCUGAUAUGAGUUUUAAAGAAUCAGAAUAUUACUAUCCAGACUUCCUCCCACCCCCUUUCAACUCCUGGGACUUGAAGCAACUGGCCAUCUUUGUUAACGUAGAGGGUAAAACUGAACUUCGACCAAAGCCAACAGGAUUUCUUGAGAAAUACAUUGAUCGCCUUUUGCAGCUGGAAUGGCUGCAAAUGCAGACUGUGCAGAACGAGAAAGGCAAGGCGGCCAAAGCCAGGCCACAGACUGCUCCCGGCUCCAUCCACACCCUGAAGAGCCCUGGCAAAGGCAAGGCGUUGCUCAACCCUUUGCCUAAAAAGCAAGUGGUUCCCCAAGAAAGUGUUACAAAGCUGCCCAGAAGCUACUCAGGUCACAGGGGAGAUUCAUACUGUGAAGAAAGUCGCCAGUUAUAUUCUCAUCCAGGUCGCUUGAAACUGUCUGAGGGAAUGGGAUGUGCAGUGUCUUCUCAGAGACAAUCUGGUGAAGUAAGGAGUGAACUGAAAAAAAAACCAACUGCAAAGCAACAGCUUUUCAAUGUGCAGCCCUCCGAGAACAGUUCCAAAAUUCAAAGUGUCGGUAAUAUCAGACCCCUUAAGCAAACCCCAGUAUUUAAUGGUUCAGCUGCUCCCAUCAAAAGCUUAAAAACAUACGCAUGUACAAAUCCAAAGAAGAAUGGCAAUGUCAGCAAUUAUGUUCCUUCUAAAAAACCAACAGGGGACAGGAAAAUAAAACCAAAUGGCACGAAGCAAACAUCACAGAAAUUUAAAUGAAGAAAAAUUCAUUAGUAAAUGUUGAUGCUUCUUGACUGCUAGAAAGCAUUUGGCCAGUGCAGAAGGGUCAUGUUUUCUUCAGAGGAAGAUCCUGAGAAAAUACGUUCUUGCUGCAUGGUUCUAAAUCACCACUGUUCAUUUCAAUACAUUUGAUCUUUAGCCAGCAAGGCCAGCAGGAAAUCUUUUCCCUGAAGGCAAGUGUCUUCCACUGGUCUGUCCUCAAAAAUAUUUACAAUUGCUCAAUGAAGAUAACAAUAGCAGAGUAUGAAAGUUUAGAGAAAUAUACAAUGAUAACAUGCCCUCCUGUUUGCACCAGGUGAAAUCCACUGAAGUCUGUGGUGUUUCUCAUGCUUAAUCGGUGUAUUUGAGAAAAUAGGAUCCAUGUUUUUGUUUGUGAACAGAUGUGCUCUUUUGUGGGACAGGUCGAUGGUGUUUUCUGAUGGAAAAGGGCUCAACUGUUUUUAUAAAGGAAUGGAGCGUGCUUAUCUAUGCAAAGUCGAACUGUAAUUCUUCACAGAAAAUGAAGGUGAUGAAUUGGAUGUUUUUUGAUGAAUUAGAUUUUUUUGUAUAAGAAGAAUGGAGAAAAUGUUUUGAAAUAUUUUAAUGCAGAAAGUAUUCUUUUUAAGACAAAAAAUUAUUAAUAUUGGGAAGCAGACAGCUUCAAUAGUGACAGAUUAAGAAAAUGGAAUGUGUAUUUUUAUACCCAGAAAUCUUCACUGUGUUUACAGACAGCUUUCCUCAAAGUUCAUUUUGUAAGCCUUGAUAAUUUUUGUAGUUUAGAGGAAAUGGCCAAAUUUCGAAUUGCACAUGGAUAUAUAUGACUAAUGCAAAAUAAGGGUAUUAAUAGAGACUGUGGUCUAAUUUGCAGAACUGGGGGGGUGAAUUUAAAGGCUAUUUUAAGUUCAAGUAAAGAUAUAUUUUGAUAUAAAAGAUACCUAUUUUCACCCACCUGAGAUGACUAUUGGUUUUCCCAUGGUGCAGUCUACUUCAGUUUGUUUGGCUUCUUGUUUCAAGGUUUAGGGCAGUGAUGUGGGGAAAUACCCAGCAGAAAGAAACAGUACAACCCUGUCCUUGGACCCUCUCCUUUCUCCUGUGUUUGUGAGAUACAUAAGAAUACGAAGAAUGGUUCAGUGAGUGUUCGAAUGUCAGUUCAUCUGUUAUAAUUUCAAAUUAAUCAAUCACAGCAGCUGGGGACACAAUCUUGUUAAAGAUGAAAUUCUAGAGGAUGCUUUGUACUUUCAUUUUCAAAUUAAAUACUGAGCAGCAUUAACUUCAUCCUCAGCCACCACAGUGAACUGUUUAUGAGAAGGGAGCUGAGGUCUGAUGGACCAGAUUUUACAAGUGGAUCCUUCACAUUGUGAUAGAAAAUGGAAAAGUAGCAAAUCCUACAGAGUACAGUAUGUAUAUAGCUAAAUUGCACUUGUUUAUCUCAUCUUGGUUUUAAGAUGCUUAGCUGUUUCUGCUCUUUCAUUGUGCCUAUCAGAUCUACAGCUUUGUAAGAUUUCAAAGCAUGGAUUUAUCUAUAGUUUAAAAUGUGAGGAUAUUAAUAAAUGUAGUAAUAAACUAGAGUAUUUUACAGUACAUUGCUCAGGAAUAGUCUAAGAAAUAUUUUUAGUGUUUUUUUUCCUAGUCUGCUGGAGACCAAAUGUGAAAUUUUAAAUUGACAAAAGAAACACAUGUAAUACAGAGUAUUAUAUUUCCAUAUUCAGUAUUUGUGAAGGUACAAUUAAAAUGGAUUGUAGUCGCAUGUACAUUCAGCUCUAUGCAAUUAAAGUGAAACUUAAUCUGACCUGCUCAAAGAUCAAAUAAAUGGGCUGAGUCAGAAGUGUGGUGAAACUUAAAGGAGGGCGUUCAACACCAGCAACCGCAGAGGACCAGCACAUUCCAUUCUUGCUAUUUCAUCCUUUUGUUUUGUUCCAGACCCGCUGGGUAUUUCGGCUUUUUUUACAUGAAAAGGUUCUUGCAUCUAGUGCUACAAUUUGAAGCUCUGGCCAAACUCUGCAAACCUUCAUUAGUCAAGUUUUCCUGAUUCAUGUUAAGAGUAGCACAAGUUAGUAGGACUGCUCUUGCCAAUAAGCGCUACUUUAGUGCACGACUUGAGUACUCCGGUUUAGGGCAUUGUUAGAAGUACCAAACGCGAGGUGAGCAGCCUCGAGUCAAUAAUCUGAAUAGCAUUUUUUUUAAACAUAUUCUGUUAGAUGCAGUAAUUAAUUUAGCAUGUUAUUAUAGCACUGAAUAUUAGUGUAUGCUAAAUUUUUCUCUGAAAUGUUACUCUAUAUUGAUGCUUUCCUAGGUUGUAAGGAGGGCGUGUAGACACAGGCACAUUUUGCAUGAUCACUUCUUAAAGAAUAAAUAAAUAGUGUUUCAGUCAGCUUUGAUUGGCACUGAAUAAAGGUUUUUGUCACAGGCCUAGGAAAGGCUUGACUGAAGGUAGCGCUUGUGAUCUGACGGACAUCAGUCUGUUGAUGGAGACUGAAAAGUUAAGCAGGCAGAGAUGGUGAUGCCACUUGAAGUGAGUCUGAGUACGUGUUCAUCAUUAAGCUUUGGCUGUGAUCUGGCCAAGUAAGUUUGUCUCACAUGAUAAUCACACAACUCUCAGUUUUGUUCAUUGAUUUGUUAUUUUUUACACAGUCUUCUUUGUUCACGUACAGAAAUAGAUUAUAUAGAUUAUAUAAUUUUGCCUCAAAAAGCAGCUCUUAGCAUGAGCAGACCUGCAAGGGUUGGAGUUGAUCCUGCAGCAUUUUUGCUUCCAUUUUAACUUGACUGUGUUUGGGCCUAUAGAUAAAAAGAGCUCCUUUUAUGAAGAGGACUAUGGUUUAUGUUUCCUUCAUUUUGUAUUUAUAUUGUCUUUAGAAGCACUUCUGAGUAUAGCAGAAAAAGUUUAUUCCAUCAAAUACAUUCAGUUUGAAAUUAAAAUCCUUCCAGAGCACAGUGUUUGUGUGACUAUGUAUAUUUUUCCCGCCAUGUUUAGCAAUAUGAUCCUACGUGUGUCUAAGCCGAGCACCGAGGAUGCUUCUUGAAGAACAAGUUUACUGUGAUGUGAGAUAUUGAAACAGAGUGAUUUAUUUUUUUCUGGAUAAUUUGAAAAUGUCGUGUUCUGCAGUCCUACCUACAGAACGAAUACACUCAGGUUGCAUUUUAAAUAAAUAGCGAGAUUCUACUUCAGUUACACUAGUAUAAGCUUUAAACAACUGUGUUGUUUUCAGUGAAAUUACCCUGUUAUAAGGAUGUUAAGAAACAGAAUUGUAUUCCAACAGGUAUAAACUGUUUGCCUUGGUAAUGCUAAACUGUAUUUUUAAUGCAUAACGUGAAUUUUUUAAAAAAUAUUGUUUUUCCCUUGACAUGUUUCUUUUUUUCUCUACAUUACUUUUAUCUCUGCAGUGAAAUACUGUGGUCAGAUAAAGUUUUACCUCCCCCGCAGCCCCUCACACCUUGUGGUACCUUUCAGUUACAUACAGCAGGUCAGAAGUUAGGAUGGUUAUACUUAUUUUCUUAUUUCAUUGGACCCAACUGUCUCGUUUGACUCCACAAUGCUCCAUUAUGCCAUAAUCCCAGUAUUGCUUGCGUCCUUUCUGUGUUUCAUUUGUCGUUUGAGGUAACUUUUAUCUUGUAUUUGCUAUUUAAAGGAUCUUGUUAGAAAUAUGAGAGUAUUUUGACAGAUAUUACAGCUGAAAUUUCUACAGUAUGAAAUUACCUGUAAUGCACUGGUUUUUGCCUUAUUUUAAAGGUAUCGAGCCUUUGUUGCUCCCGUUGGCAUUAGUGGGUUUUCUUCUGAAAAACAAUUAAAGAGACCACUCUACCUGUAAAGACUGGAACUCUGUUAACUGAGAAUUUGCAGCUGAGCUUUUGAUGUUGGUAACCAUGUGUUCUAUUUAUUUGAACUUUUUUGGUGGAUAUUUUUGCUAGUAAUUUCAUUGGAAAGUGAUCUUGUAAAUCAAAGUUACUGUAUAUUUAUGAUAAUAAAAGUGAGAUAUUACCUA